AGUUUCUCCUCUCGGUUAUGGAUUAUCAACAAUCUUUGUAUAAUUCUUUCCUCUAUCUUCUUAUCUUCUUCUCUUGCUUCUGUUUCAGUUUCACCUCCUCCACCAUAAACUUCUCCUUCCCCAACUUCCCAACCAAUGACAACAGUACCAAUAUCACACUUGUUCCCACCGCUAAAAAAGCCGAAGUUGAUGGGCUCUUGUCAAUUCUACUUACCGAUAAUCAGGUUGCUGCCAACGUAUUUAAUGCCACAGGCCGAGCUUACUAUAACCAACCCAUCCCUCUCUGGGAUCCCAUCACAAAAGUUACAACAAGUUUCACUACUUCUUUUGAGUUCGUAAUCAGAAAUGUUAGUUCCAACGUAAGAUCUGGUGGCAUUGCAUUCUUUAUAGCUUCAGAAGAUUCUUUGGAUGCUCCUGAAAAUUCUUUUGGAGGUUGGUUGGGUCUCUUCAAUGAGAGCACCAACGGGAAUUCAUCGAAUCGGAUGGUAGCCGUGGAGUUUGAUACGUACCAAGAUGAGUGGGAUCCUGAUGAUAACCAUGUUGGUAUUAACGUUAACUCCAUUGUCUCCAAGACUAACCGUACUUGGGAUUCUCCUUUGACCUCUGGGGACAUUUAUGUUGCAACUGUCUCAUAUGAUGGAACCACCAAGGAUCUCAAUGUAUUGUUACAAGACCCAGAUGUUCCUAGGCUAGCAAACUAUUUCUUUUAUCUCACUUAUAAUGUAAAUUUGAGUUCUUUUCUCUCGGAAAAAGUGAUUGUGGGCUUCUCAGCAUCGACUGGAGAAGCAGUCCCAUUUCAAGUUCUCCGAAGUUGGAACUUUAGUUCUACUUUGGAUCUGUCUGAGACUCCAACUGUAACUCCAACUCCAACUGCAACUCCAACUGCAGGGAAUUCUAAGAUAGGGUUGGUGAUAGGAUUAAUAAUAGGAGUACUGGUGCUUUUGGUUGCAGGGAUAAGUUUUAUCUUUUGGGUUUUACUGAGAAAUAGAAGAAGAAAGGAUGCGGUAGAAGAAGACGAAGAUGAAGAUGAAGAAGCAGGCAUUCUAGAACCCAUGGAUGAAGUGUUAAUACAAGGAACCGGACCAAAAAGGUUUGCCUACAAGGAAUUGGUCGUGGCAACUGACAACUUUUCGGAUGAAGGGAAGCUUGGUCAAGGAGGUUUUGGAGGCGUCUACAGAGGUUUCUUGGCGGAACAAAACAUGGAAAUUGCAGUCAAGAAGGUAUCUAGCAGCUCUAACCAGGGAAAAAAGGAGUAUGUUUCAGAGGUGAAUGCCAUUAGUCGUCUGAGGCACCGGAAUUUGGUUCAACUCGUCGGUUGGAGCCAAAGGCGGAAUAGCUUCCUACUUGUAUACGAGUUCAUGCCCAAUGGAAGCCUAGAUUAUCAUUUGUUCCGCAAGAAAAGUCAUCUCUCAUGGCCAGUGAGAUACAAAAUUGUUCAGGGGUUAGCCUCCGGAUUGCUCUAUCUCCACGAGGAAUGGGAGCAAUGCGUGGUGCAUAGAGAUAUCAAAUCAAGCAACGUGAUGUUAGAUUCAAACUUCCAAGCAAAACUUGGUGACUUCGGUCUAGCGAGGCUUGUCGACCACGGCCUUGGCUCGCAGACGACGGCCUUGGCCGGGACGAUGGGCUACAUGGCUCCGGAGUGUUUUAUCACAAGCAAAGCUAGCAAGGAAUCAGAUGUUUUUAGCUUUGGGGUGGUGGUGUUGGAGAUCGCUUGUGGGAGAAGAGUAGUGGAGCAUAAGGAAGAAGAGUCAAAAAUUAGUUUGGUCAAUUGGGUGUGGGAGCUUUAUGGAAAGGGAAGGCUUCUGGACGCAGCCGAUGACACGCUAAAUGGGGAGUAUGACAAGGAGGAGAUGAAGUGUUUGAUGAGUGUUGGGCUAUGGUGCGCACAUCCAGAUCACACAUCAAGGCCUUCUAUAAGGCAGGCAAUUCAGGUUCUUAAUUUUGAAGCCCCAUUGCCAAGCCUUCCAUCUCAUAUGCCUGUACCCAUGUAUUAUGCCCCUGGAGAAACGACUUCCACGCAAGGCUCCUUCACUUUUACAGGCGAUGUUACAAACAAGUGAUAAUGAUUCAUAUUGUAGCUUGCUUUAAUUUAAAAACAAUUUCUUGGAUUCUUUUACUAGUCAGGGGGACCAGCCAAGACUUGUCUUAGAAGGUAGUUUCUUUCCUUAA